GGUCCAGAAAAUCCAGCACCAUCCCAUCGAUCAAAAAUUGUUUGCAUCUUAGAAGGAAACUUCUUCCUUUUGGUACAACGGUGGAGUGAAUUUGGUGACAUAAGAGUGGGGAAGAUGCCGCCGGCGGGGUUCAGGGCACCUCUGUUGCCGACGACAGUAGUGCAGCCACCGGCCGCGGUGGUGCCGGAGGCGGUAGCGAAGGACGCCAUCAUUGCGUGGUUCAGGGGGGAGUUUGCGGCGGCGAACGCCAUUAUCGACGCCCUCUGCAGCCACCUGGCGCAGAUGGAGGGCGGCGGCGGGGGGUGCGAGUACGAGUCCCUGUUCGCCGCCGUCCACCGCCGCAGGUUCAACUGGAUCCCGAUCCUCCAGAUGCAGAAAUACUUCUCCAUUGCUGACGUCACGCUCGAGCUCCAUAAAGUCGCCGCGAGGAGGGCUAAGGAGAGAGAGGCGGCGUCUGCGGCCGUCGCGGUUGAUGCCGACGAGGCUUCUGCGGAGAAGGUGACGGUUCCGGCGGCUUCUGCGGAGGAAUACGGUGAGAUCAGUUGCGAAAAUGGCGGAGAUGACGUGGCUGACGCAACGGAUCCCAUGAAAGAAGGCUCACAUGAUGCACCUGAAAGUGAGAUCAUCGAUACAGGAUCUCAAGAAGUGCACCCUUUACCAGAGUGUGUCGGGGGGUUCUGCUCUAGCCCCGAGGACUGUGAGGCACACCGGGCUCAGAUCAAGAUGAGAAAGGGAUUUUCAGCGAGGGAGCCGGUGAAAGGGCAUAUGGUAAAUGUUGUCAGAGGUCUGAAGUUGUAUGAGGAUAUGUUUUCUUCAACUGAACUUUCUGAGUUAAAUGAGUUUGUGAAUGAACUCCGAGUUGCUGGCCAAAAUGGAGAACUCUCAGGUGAAACUUUUGUUCUGUAUAACCAACAACUGAAGGGCAACAAACGAGAGAUGAUUCAACUUGGUGCCCCAAUUUUCGGCCACGUAGAAGACAAUCCUACAUGCAACAUUGAGGCUAUUCCAGCUCCCCUUGAAGGUGUCAUCAAUCGCCUGAUUGAGUGCCAUUUGAUUUCAGACAAUCGGAGACCAAAUGGCUGUAUCAUCAACUUCUUUGACGAGGGGGAAUAUUCACAACCUUUCUUGAAGCCGCCUCAUUUGGACCAACCUGUCUCUACCCUUCUCUUAUCUGAAUCAACAAUGGCGUUUGGUCGUGCUCUUGUCAAUAACAGUGAUGGGAACUACAGAGGAUCACUCAUGCUUCCCUUGAAGGAAGGGUCUCUUUUAGUCAUGAGGGGAAACAGUGCUGAUACUGCAAGGCAUGCUAUGUGCUCGUCGCCUAACAAAAGAGUGAGCGUUACAUUCUUCAAAGUCAGGGCUGCACAGAUUGAAAACAGCUUAUCAGCAGUUCCCCCUUUCACCAGAGCCAUGACCUUGUGGAAACCUGGUGCCCCCUCAGCUCCAAAUGGAAACACUGGCUACGAAACAAUGCCCAAAUGGGGCGUUCUUCGGGCUCCACUCGUUAUGUUGGCGCCUGUACGCCCAAUAGUCCUGAGGCCUAGAAAGGUUCCUCGUGCUGGUACUGGGGUGUUCUUUCCCUGGAAGGUUGGAUCCAAGAAACCCAUUAAGCAACUCCCUCCACGUGCCCAAAAAGCACGGCUCCUGGCCGGGGCUGGCUUAGCUUCCCCAGGCGAAACACACACCCCCGACGAAGAUCUUGAUGGGAAUUGAAAGAAGUCUAAGUGCUGGUGGGAAUUGGCCUUUUGGUCAUUCCUUAGUUUGCUAUAGGAUGUUCAUCCAACUGUACAAUGAACUCUGGUCAUCUUCUCUUUGCUAUCUCAGUUUUUGGUUUCUUUCUUCCCUAGGCAUUACAAACAGUACAGUUGAGCUUUUUAAUUUAAUGUGAAUUUUGUAUUAAAUUUCAUCUUUUUUUCUUGUCCUGAUGUGAAUUGAUGAGUAUAAUACAGUCAUAUGAUCUAAUAAACUACACAGUUGAGAUA